AUUUGAACCAUUUGAACCAUUUUAGCGGGAGCGAUUAAUAUUAACGAUACAGGGAAUAUGGCUGGAAGUAGGUGGCCGGCUGCAGUGGCUCCUACUAACAGAGUCGGCAAUGCUUCUCGAGCAAAACAAGUUAUUUUCGAACCUACAUUUGCCAAAAUGGAAAAAGAGAAUUACGCUUUAACUCAGCGACUAAAGGAAGCUUUCUAUAAGGUAGAGAAGCGGUAUCCUGGUUUCAGUAAAGAUUUCAUGAUUGGCUUGCUUCAGCGGAUGGGAGUCGAUAGUGAAAUCGACGUGACUGAAACGUGUUUACGGAUUGCUGCUCUUCAGGAGUGUGAUAAUCCAAGGACGUCAAGAAAUCCUAGAGUUUUGGAGUUGGAACUUACGGCUAAGACCCUGAAAACUAUUCUUAGUAGCAUACCUGAUGAAAUUAUCGACCGCAGAGCAUUUAUAGAAGUCAUCAAAGGAAUAGCAGAUGCGAUAAAGAUGUUGUUAGCUGCUGUGGGUGCGUUUUAUGAUACGUUACCACCAGGAACACAAAAGAAAUGUCUUGAAGAUCAAAAACGAAAAUUUAUCACCUACUGUCGUAAAUUUAGUGACACUUUGAAGCAGUACUUUAGGAACAACGAUCAAACUGUGGUUUUCAGCAGCGCAAACCUUCUAGUUAGUCAAACCAACCUAAUUUUGUUUGUGGUUCAUGAUGUAGAUUGAAGAAAAGUGAAAAAUGCCACCAUUGUUAAUAUUUUGUGCUUACUUCGGAUUAUAUUUCCUUAUGAAUGUGAUUUAUGAAUAGUUGAAAAAUUAGUUUUUACUUUUGUGUAAACAUCUAUAGUAAACUGGUUACUUUUUUUAAACAUUAAAAUUGCGAUUUCGCGUUACCUUUUUCCAAAUAUUUGACUAAGUGACAAAUUAUUUUGCAUCAUUACUUAUACUUUCUUUAUUUCCAGCUCCUUGUAAAUUGAGAAUAAAAGCUUUUUACGAAAUAGGAUAUAAAAUUAUUUGUGCUUCAAGUUUGACUUUUACGCUGCAUAGUGUGACCUUUUUGACAAACCAUAUAAACUUUUACAAUUUAUUUAGCUACUUGUGAUAGAUGAUCUUAAAAUAAUCAUAGAACUAAAGUAGACUAUAUCUGACUGAUCCCAUUAGUCAGUUCCCACCAUACAUUCAUCUAUGUUUUCUAAAUACUUAAUUACUUAUUAUACACGGCUGAUUUUAAGCCUAAAAGAAUAGCAGACAAGGUAAUUCAGUAAGUUUAUCGUUUUGGUCUGAUAUCUAAUGCACGAUAAUGUUCGUGGAUUCACUACAUUCAGACGACAAUUGAAGCGUGGAUUUUUUGUUUACAUUUAUGCUUUUUUUAGAGUGAACAAUUAAGCCUAAUGGAAGUAUUUGUAGGUCAGAAUGAGAAUUCUGAUUGCUUUGUUACCUGAGCUGGAUGGUUUAAUCAUAAAGCUUUUAUUGUUAAUAUAAACUUCAGUGAGAAAUAUUAUUAGAAUUUCUCUACAAUUUUCUCCCUACUUGUCCUGUUGACCUAGAAUUUGGUUGGCUGUUGCCUAUAGGUGUGUUGCCGCUGUUUACUUUGAUUGUUUGGCCCUCAAAACUUGGCGUUGUAUAUAGUUUUUCUUGUUCGUUGCCAAUGACUGAUUGACAAAUUUGUCUUCUAGAGUGCGAUGUUGGCGAUUAUUAAACAUGCUCGGAAGGUAGACUGCUGGUCACUUUUUGCCUGGUAUUUACUAGGCCAAUUCAAUCAUUCUAUACUGGAUCUAAAUUCAUGACGAACACUAGUAAUACGGAAAUAUUUUUAAUGGAUUGUGGGGCAUCCGUCAUAUAUACAGUGGAAACAACUCACCGUACAGCCCACAUAGUUUUAUGUUCAUUUCACAUGUGUAGAGCCAUGUGUAGAAAGACCCGUAAUCCUAUAUCAAAGCAGUACUUAUGUCAACUUGUUCGUGAAUAGUGGCAAGCUUUUAUCACAUUCAAUGCAUAAUUAGUGUGCGUAGGAUACGUAGAUGGGUCUUUCUACACAUGGCUCUGCACACGUGAAAUGAACAUAAAACUAUGUGGGCUGUACGGUGAGUUGUUUCCACUGUAAAUAUGACGGAUAUUGCACAAUCCAUUAAAAAUAUUUUCGUAUUACUAGUGUUCGUUAUGAUUAGUUGUUGUCUGUUUUAUCAUCCCUAUCCUUAUUCACUUCACUUUGACUCUCGCGUAUUGUUUUAUACUACUUAAUAAUAUCCAGUAAAUUGUUGUAUUCUUAGCAAUUUCUGCGCUUACGUUGUAACACAAGUUUGUCGUGUAAUAUCCCGAAAUAUUUACAUAUACUUAUAACAUAUAUUGUAUUUAUCAUUAUAAUUACUAUGUCUCGAUUGCUGUAGCAGUUAUCCACAGUUUUGUGCAUUUUUUUAAACGCAACGGUUUCCAUAUAGUUUUUUCUUGGUUCUGAUUUUGCUUGUUGGUAAAUUGUUACCAAGUUUAGACACAACUAUCAGCUGUCUUUUGCACUAUCGUAUGUUGUGAUUAUUUUUUGUUACUGUUGCAGGAAGCUCUUUUUAUUUCAUAUAAAAGGACGCGUUAAGCACUGCAGAUACCUCACAAGUUGAGGUUUGUAACUCAAUUUUGUAUAUUAAAUAAAGAACCGCUAUUUUAGACAACCCGUUGUUUUGUGAACUUCGAUUUUGCACGUAUCUCAGUUGGGUGACUUGGACACUUCGAUAAACUUAACAUGAUUUAUGAUCCACACCAUAUCUUCCUUCGUUCAGGCAAACAUAAUCGGGGUUCCGCACCCACAGUUAUCUGUAGAAACCAACUGAAAGGGUUCAUAACUAAAAACAUUCGAUAGGCAGAACACUUUCACUUACUUUUCGAUGAAGUUUUGUUCUCUGAGCUGAAUGGUUUAGUCGUAGAGCUUUCAUUGUUCUUCUGAACGACAUCAUCAGCACAAACUCCAGGUAGAAGUCUACCUGAGCUACAAAUCUUUACCAUCUCACUUUCACUUACAUUCUGUUAGUGUUGCAUGUCGAACCGAGGCAAAUUGCUUCAGGAAAACAUGUAUACAUUUCAAUUUGCUCAUAGUACUGAAUUCUCCUCACUUGGUUAGCAUCCCCACCAUAGCAUACAAGUACUUUUUCACUACGUAAGGUUGAAAGCACAUAACUGAAACUCACAGCCUGGAAAACCAUAGAUUUCAAAUUAUUGACAUAAUGAACGGUAAUGGUCUCUCCAGAAUUGUCUUCGACAUAUUUAACAAUCUGCUCAGGGUGACUCCCAGUUUUUGUCAUCCGUAUAACAACUAGCAACUGAUCAACAUUUAAUUUCAUGUACCACGCAUCAUAUGUCAGUUACUUCUCAUCACAAUAAUGGUUGUGGAUCAUCUUAGAUGAAGCUAUUAUAUACCGAUUGAGAUCAUACCUCAAACGAAACAUGGCUUUGCAACCAGUAAACUUUGAUCUAUACAUAAGUUUGUAUAAUAACAGUUAUUCACUCUGACCAUGACCCUCCGGCUUCCUUUUAUGGCCAGAACAACAGAUAUACACUACGUUCUGGUAGCUGAUCUCUGGCUUUCCAAUGUUCAGUUUGCUUUCAUGCACGUCGUGAUGCGUUCAAGUCAUCCAAUAAUGUUACAUGGUAUAUUUUCAAUAACAAACCUUCCGUGAUAGAUCGUUAGCAUCUCUGACUUGGUCCCAGGUUGUCAGGUGCCCGGGUCUCAUGACCCUUUCGAAAACACUGGUGUCCUUACAGACUGGAUAUUCAGUGUUAGUUUGACUCGUUGAUGGGAUAGGGUUGUCCAUAAUACUGAAGAAACUAGACCGGAGAUCGUUUUCUUUCAUUGCUCUUGAUAACAUCAUAAAUGACAGGAACGAACAUGCAGAUAGAAAAUCCCACGUGGCAGCAACAUUUAUUCUAGCUAAAAGACGCUAACUCUGUUUUCGAUAUCUACAAAAUAAUACUCAAAACAAAACGGAUUAAUAUUUUAUCAUAUGAGCAUAUAAACACGCCUGGAAGAAUAUACUGAUUUGAGUAGUAGUAGUAGUAGCAAGAGGAGAAAACGUAACUGAUUCAAAAAUGUUAACGCCAAAAUUUAGAGGACCAUAUGAAUUACAGAAUUUCAGCACACUGAAAGACUAAAUUUUGCAGCGACACGAAAAAGCCAGUGGGAUAACAGACCUAGACAAGCCGACGGCCGUUGCUUGCAAAGAUGGUUGAGAUGAUGAUUCCCGCUUCAUUCUGAUUAGCCACCAAGUGGGCUGCCAAAAUUGCGAAUCAGAUUUGAGUUCAUUUCCAUUCAAAAAAUAGUGAAUACGAAAUUGAAUGAAGAUGAUCUUAAUUAUAAAUAAUUGUAUGUUGUGUAUUGUAUUGUCUGGUGAUUAGUCGAUGAUAAUAAUAUCGCAUUAUUUAUUUUUAUUCUUAUUACUAUGUUAUAUCCUAGCGGAGGUUAAAUUAUAGGUAACUUUUGAGAGCUGUUAAUGGACUAAUAUUAUACAUGUAUUUUCAUUGUAUAAUUAUUGGGUAACUAGAUUAUGCUUAUUUAUAUUCCUCUUAUCAUAAGCUUUAUUUUGAUUUAUGGACUAUUCACGAUUUGCUAUCCUUAAGUUUUACCUAGUUUAUUAAUUACUCUUUCUCACUAUCACAGUCACUCUUUGGCUUAAUCUUGUACACUCGUUAUUUUUUAUUUGUGGUAUGAUGUGGUCUGGUUGGCUUGUAUAUAAACUAGGUAUGUUUGAAAUAUAUGAUCCAUAUGAUGGGAGUUGUUACUGACAUUCUAGACUUAACAGGCAGGGCUAGGCAGUAAAAGGACCAAUGAGGACACUAAGCUGCUCUUACCUGUCAAUACGUCAUUGGUUCGACACAGUGCUAAAAUCGUACAAUUAUUAUGGAUUGGUGAUUUUACCACGUCAUAUAUUAAUCAGGCACAAGUCACGACACAUUAUAUCGUAAAAACAUGAUAUAUUUUUAUCCUUUUCUGAACUCCACUGGCUUUGAGGACCAGUUUUUUUUAAGAACUUCCAUUGCUGGCAAAAUACUUCUUAUAGGUCAAACCGAUACUGAUUGAUGAGUGAUUGUGUAUCUAAUAGAAGACAACUGAAAACAGAGUUAUAGUCUAUACGAAGGAUUAAAAGCGUCCUUCAUAUAUUUCACACAUUACAGUUCUCAAAAUAUGGUAAUAAAAUUUAUUGAUCAUUAAAAAUUCAAGUGUCUUGUCUAUUUCUUGAUUUUAGAACAAGUCACCAAAAAUGUCACAAGUUCUUUACUAUUCAUGAACGUAUUUAUAAAGUAAAUAAUACCAUUAAUGAGAUAGUUGAGAAGAUUUGUAACUCAGGUGGAUGAUUUUGACUUCUACCUGAAGUUCGUGCUGAUGAUAUCGUUCAGAAGAACGAUGAAAGCUCCACGACCAAAUCAUACAGCUCAGAGAACAAAACUUCAUCGAAAACAAACAAUGAAGUCGUACGUUAUGCUGAUAAGACAAUCACCAAGCAGACAUGACUAAAUUUAAACAUAAUAGGAAUAAGGAAUUAGUUAUCAUGUGAAAUCGUUAGUAUGACACAAAAAUAAAUAUAUGUUAUCUGUUGCAUGAACAAAUAGUAUUGUUAAAGAAGCAUGAUUGUUAAAAUCACAGGCAAUAUGAAGUUUUAUCUUCUGAAGUGUUUAGUUAUAGUCUGGAUUACAUGAUAUACUUUUGACGAGGUUGUUUAAGACAUUUCAAAGAAUAGAUCAUUUCGAGUUAAUCAUUGAUAGAUUGAAAUGAAUGCUUCUGUCGAUCUGUUGGCCUUACUUAUUGCAUGAAUUCCAUAAAAUUAAUCUCCGAAAUUUCAAGUUCAUGCAUGUGCAGAUAUGGUUCGAACUCACACCCAUAACUGUCUUUUCGACAUAAUUUGUUACUAUAAUAUCAAUAAACUUAAAAUAUAGUAUAGAGCAUUUUUUUUAGUGAAAUUGUUUUGAACUGACUUCAUUCAAAUCAAACAUUCAUAAUUUUAAUCAACAGUAGUAUUUCACUUUUAAGGAAGCUAUACUAGUGAAUUUCAUGUUACUUGUGGAACGUUGAUUUUCUCACUAUUGCUCUACUAAACAGAGUGUGUUCUACAUUGCUUACUGACUUUCAUUAGUUGUCCAAAUAAUAAUAACUUGGUAAGCAUUUUCUCCGUUAGGAUAUACCUUUUGGUAAACUAGAA